CAACACCGCUUCUUCUAGACAACGCACCAUCAGUUAUCAACGACGCUGAUAAAUCAAUGUCUCCACACUAGUCGGAGCUUCGACUCGUCUCAGUGGAAGGAAGACGUCGAUUUUACUGGGUCCUACCCUACGAUCAGGCGUCCACCGAGAUCCGCCCAGCUCCGCAGUAUAAGGUAUUCUGGCAGUCCCGCCUUGUAGAACUACUACUUCAUCCGUUUACCACCUGCGUGACCAACUCAGCUUUCUUACAUUAACGUCCCAAGACAGUCUCCACCAUGGGCAGCACCGCACCUCAAUCCAAGCUUUUCGAGCCUCUCCGCAUCGGACCCAUGAAGCUCUCUUCACGCAUCGCACACGCACCGCUCACUCGCAUGCGCGCCAACGACGACCACACAAUUAUGCCCAUGGCCGCAGACUACUACUCCCAACGCGGCUGUGUGCCCGGCACCCUCCUCAUCAGCGAAGCGACCUGCAUCUCUCCCGCGCACUCCGGCUACCCCAACGUCCCCGGAAUCUGGUCGCCCGAGCAAAUCGCCUCCUGGAAAUCUGUGGUCGAAAGCGUGCACAAGGCCGGCUCGUACAUCUACCUGCAACUCUGGGCUCUCGGUCGCACGGCGAAUGGAGACUUCAAGAAGUCCCAGAACACGGGAGAUGUUCUUGCUCCGUCUGCCAUACCCUUGGCGAAAGAUGGUCCCGCUCCGAGAGCCAUGACGGAGGAGGAGAUCCAGCAGGCGAUCAAAGACUUCGCGCAAGCGGCGAAGAAUGCGAUUGAAGCGGGAUUCGACGGAGUGGAACUCCACGGCGCGAACGGGUAUCUGAUCGAUCAAUUCUUCCAGGAUGUGACCAAUUCGCGGACUGACAAGUGGGGUGGCUCUAUUGAGAACCGAGCGAGGUUCGGAUUGGAGGCGACGAAGGCUGUUGUUGAGGCUGUGGGAGCGCAGCGCACCGCGAUAAGGUUGUCGCCUUUCUCUGACUUCCAGGGGAUGAGGAUGAGUGAUCCGGUGCCGACGUUCAAAUAUAUCGUUGAGCAACUCAGGGAGCUCAAGUUGGCGUACUUGCAUCUCGUCACUUCGAGGGUCUCGGGAGGGAGUAACGAUGUUGAAGAGACGGAUACGCUUGAUCCUUUCCUCGAGGCAUACGGCAAGGACUCGCCGGUGUUGUUGGCGGGCGGCUUCAAGGCGGACUCGGCGAGGAAGGCGAUCGAUGAGCAGUACAAGGACUAUGAUGCGGCGAUUGUGUUUGGACGACUAUACAUCCCAAACCCGGACCUCGUAUACCGCUUGAAGCAUGACCUCGAGCUGACUCCUUACGACCGGAGCACUUUCUAUAUGCCAAAGUCUCCAAAGGGCUAUGCGGACUGGCCAUUCUCGAAGGAAUGGGAGGAGGAGCAGAGUAAGCUGUAG